AUGGCAUCCUGGAAGUCCAUCCGCCUCCCACAGGAUAAUCUCCCUCACCUCCUCGUCAAAGCACGUCUCGACCCCACAGGAUAUACCAUCCACCUGACAGACCUGAGCCGAAUAUGGAGCGAAACCCUAACCAAACGCGAAGUCGAACGUCGAGCCAUCAAAGAAGACUGUAGUAUCGAUCCUGGGGAAGACGACCAACAAUAUUCCAUUCUCCUGGACAAACUACGCAGCACGUUGACACAACAGGACAACACAACUCUAACCCUGAAACCCGCUCAGCAAGCCGACGGCCUACUGCUAGAUCUCUCCGCACCAUUACCUCAUCCUCUACAACCCCUCAAAUGGACAAUCCACCUGACCCUCCAACCCCAACCCCAAAUCGCCACCCAACUGAUCCAUCCCCUGAUCCUCCUAUCCCAAACCCAACACUCUCAAACCCACCAUCUCAUCCACCACGAGCUGAGUGAAAAGGAUCGUAUCAUCGCGAAACUCACCGAUCGUCUGGAGACUUCGGGAAAUGAUCUGACGACUGUGUUUCCCGGUGUGAGUCAUGUUAAGCUCUCGCGAAGAAAGACGCAGAGGGAGCAGUUGGCGAGAUAUGUGAGGGGUUUGGGAGACUUUGAUGAGGGUUUAUGGAGACAGCAGGUGAAGGAUGCACAUCGGGAGGAUGGGGCGGGUAGUGUGGGGUUGGAAGCGAUGGAAGGUGUUUUGAGCGAGCUACCCGAGGCUGUUACUGAAGGCGAGGCCGAGUAUGCUCAGGAGUGGUGGAAGACGCUCGAUGAAAGUCGUAUAUCGCAGAAGAGUAAUUCUCAUCCUGCCGGUACGACAAAUGGUCCUGCUAAGCAAGGAAGUGCCAGACCAACCCCAGCACCACCAGCAGAUACAGAUCAUGAGAUCCCGACUACCAACGAUGACUCUUUCGAUGCGGAUUUCCAGCGCCAGGGUACACCACCACACCUCAGGCAAAGCAAUCAUCGUCCUUCUCCAGCUAUUACCAACCCUACCUCUUUGAAGUCGCCACUUCCUGCUCCUCCUCCAGUGGCAGUACAGCCGGACGACGAGAGUACAGAAGACGAAAGCGAUCUCGAUGCACCUAUCAAGAAAGCAAGACCAGGUCAGGCUAGUCACUCGAGCAUGCCGACACGUCGGCGGAGUGUAAAUCCAGAUGUGCCACUAGCGGAAUCAAGCGCUAGUGAGAGGCAAAAGCACUCCUCACCGCCACCCGUAUCUCCACCGCAACAAGCCCCGCAGCCUCGUGGGAAGCUGGGAGCUAUAGGCGGCAAAUUAAACGCUCCUGCCACUCCCUCGCCUCCACCGGAAGCUGAACAGGAGCUGGAAAGCAUGGAGGUAGAUCCCGGCCCAGCACCUGGAAAACCUCGUACGAAGCUAGGCACGAUAGGCGGGAGAUCCAAAACCUCCACCACCCCGCCUCCAGGAGAGCCAGUGACGAUCUCAACCACCGCAUCCCCAGCCAAACGCCACGGCCUAGGCACCAUCGGCGGGAAGAAAGCUGGGAAGCUAACAACCGCCAGUGCUACCGACACGAACCAACCACGACAGGUUUCAGAACGCCCCUCAGCAGCAGCCUCAGCCUCAGCAACGACAGCCACAGAGCGUAAAUCCCGAGCUCCAGAAAGAAAUGAAAUAGCGAGAAAGCCCACGCUACCACGCGAGACGUCGCAGGAGCGAGCGGAUAGGAAGCGGAAUGAGCUGAAGCGGCAACUAGAUGAGAAGGCCAAGGUACCUGUGAAGAAGAAGAGGAAAUUUUGA